UAACAGUGUGACAGAAUUCAUUUGUGAUUUCUGUCCUCAUCCCUCUUAUCAGUGUCAAGCUGCAUGAGGAGCCCAUGGAUGAACCAGAGAUCAGAGAGAUGGACCCUCCUCCUGAGGAGAGAGCCCCCAUAGAGAAUAGACCAGACUCCCCUGUGUCCAAGAGAGUGAAGUGGUCUAUGGAUCAUCCAGCACCAUCCAGAGAGACGGAUCCUCCUCCCGCGGAGAGUGUCCAGUUGGGGGCAUCAGACACACAAAAAAUGAAAACAGAGCAGAGGGACACUGCAGAACACAGUGUCCAGCAGGGAGCAUCGGACACACAGAACCUGACAACGGGCAAGACCAAGAUAGACACUGCAGAUCACAGAUUGACACCAGAGGAGGCAGAGCUCAGGUCCUUUCUGAAGGAGAAGUGUCAACAUCUGGUUGAAGGAGUGCCACAUCAGGGAGACUCCAGACUCCUCUACGACGUAUACACAGAACUCUACAUCACAGAGGGGGGGAGUGCAGGGGUCAAUGAAGAACAUGAGGUCAGACAGAUAGACAGAGCAUCCUGUAGUGAAGAAGGAUAUGACAGACCAAUCAAAUGCAGUGACAUGUUUAAACCCUUAUGUAGAGAGAGUAGAGAAGUAGGAUAUGACAGACCAAUUAAAUACAGUGACAUUUUUAAACCCUUAUAUAUAGAGAGAGCACCCAUGUCUGAUGAGUCUGAUGAUAUUGAGUCAGAGGAGGAGUAUGAAAAUAUUGAGGGAGAGGAGGGUUCUGAUGAUAGUGAGGGAGAGGAGGAUUCUGCUGACAGACCAAUCCAUUGUAGUGGCAUCUUUAGACCCUUAUAUCCACAAAGGGGUCUUCGGCAACACAAACCCAUCAGAGUAGUACUGACAAAGGGAGUGGCAGGCAUUGGAAAAACCGUCUCUGUGCAGAAGUUCAUUCUGGACUGGGCUGAAGGAGAAACCAAUCAGGACAUUCACUUCAUUUUUCCUCUUCCUUUCCGAGAGCUGAACCUGAUGAAGAAAAUAAAACUCAGUCUGGUAGAGCUUAUUCAACACUUUUUCCCACAAAUUGAAGAUCUGAAAGUGCUCUCCGGUUCUGAGUACAAAACUCUGUUCAUUUUUGAUGGUCUGGAUGAGUGCAGACUUCCUCUCAAUUUCUGUUCCAAGCCCAGGUGUUGUGAAGUGACAGAGCCAGCCUCAGUAGAUGUACUUCUGACCAACCUCAUCAAUGGGAACCUACUUCCCUCUGCUCUCGUCUGGAUCACCACCCGACCAGCAGCAGCUGGUCAGAUCCCCCCUGAGUGCGUGGACCAGGUCACAGAAAUAAGGGGGUUCAACGACCAACAAAAAGAUGACUACUUCAAGAAGAGAAUCAGUGAUGAGAACUUGGCUAUGCGAGUCAUCAGACACCUGAAGUCAUCCAGAAGCCUUUACAUCAUGUGCCACAUUCCAGUUUUUGCCUGGAUUUUGGCUGCUGUUGCAGAGAGAACAUCAGAGAGAGGAGAAAUGCCAAGGACUCUCGCUCAAAUGUACACUCACUUCCUGAACAUUCAGACUUGCAUCAAGAAAGAGAAGUACACAGAGAGAAGAGAGACAGACGAAGAGAUGGUUUUGAAACUGGGGAAACUGGCUUUCCAACAGCUGGAGAAGGGCAAUCUGAUCUUUUAUGAGGAAGACCUAAGGGCGAGUGGCAUUGAUGUCACAGAAGCAUCUCUGUACUCAGGAUUGUGUACACAGAUCUUCAGAGUGAAGGCUGGGCUGUGCCAUGGGAGAGUGUUCAGCUUUGUGCAUCUGACCAUCCAGGAAUUCCUUGCAGCAUUAUAUGUGUUUCUCUGCUUCCGCAACAGUGCCAGAAACAAACCGCACCAACAUCAACCUUCUCAUCUCUCUGCUCUUUUCAGAGCUGCAACACUUGAAGACCUACACAAGACUGUAGUGGAUCUGGCCUUACAGAGUCAGAACGGACACCUGGACCUUUUCCUACGCUUCCUUCUGGGCCUCUCACUGGAGUCCAAUCAAAAGCUCUUAAGACACUUAAGGUCACAGAUCAAUAGCGAGCCACAGAGCUUAGGGCAAACAGUUCAGUAUGUCAAGGAUAAGAUAAGACAUGAGAGUGAGUCUGAUAGAAAGAUCAACCUGUUCUACUGUCUGAAUGAGCUUAAUCAGCAUGCUGUAGUGGAGUGCAUUGACAGGAGCUCAGGAGCUCUGUCUGUGGAGAUGCUCUUACCAGGCAAGUGGAUGACUAGAAAGUUUAGAUUUGAGUUAUCUGAAGAGCAGCGGGAUGGGUUUGACCUGCAGAAGUACAUAAAGACACCAGAAGAGGAUCUGACUGAUCUCCUCAGACCAGAUGACAUCCUCAAGAAGCUGAUGCCAGCCCUUUCAUCAGCACUGCUGGUGGGGUGUUCCCUCACAGAGAAGAGUUGUGCUGCAAUAGCAGCUGCUGCCAGAUCAACCUCCUGCAGUUUGAAGUGGCUACAGCUCAGUUGGAAUGAGCUUCGUGAUGAAGGCGUUCAGCAUCUCUCAGACCUCCUCAAGAAUCCUCAGUGCAAACUGGAGACACUAGAGCUGAUGGGAUGUUCCCUCACAGAGAAGAGUUGUGCUGCAAUAGCAGCUGCUGCCAGAUCAACCUCCUGCAGUUUGAAAUGGCUACAGCUCAGUUGGAAUGAGCUUCGUGAUGAAGGCGUUCAGCAUCUCUCAGACCUCCUUAAGAAUCCUCAGUGCAAACUGGAGACAUUAGAGCUGGAGGAUUGUUCCCUCACAGAGAAGAGUUGUGCAACAAUAGCAGCUGCUGCCAUAUCAACCUCCUGCAGAUUGAAGAGACUACAGCUCAGUGAGAAUCAGUUUCAUGAUACAGACAUUAAGCAUCUCUCGGACCUUCUCAAGAAUCCUCAGUGCAAACUGGAGACACUAGAAGUGGGCAGUCAUUCCGAUGGUUCACUUCGUGUCUUGAUAAGGGAGAUUCCAGCAGCAGCAGCCUACAGUAGCAGCUCCCUCUCCUCAGAUGAUGCAGAGCUGUACCUCACACACAACACCCAGAAGCAUCCAGGAGCACAGCGGUUCUCUCUUCACACUCCCACGGAAGAUGGCCCCAGUGAUGACACACAGAAGGGCUGUGAAUGCUGUGCUGACGUUCCAGACACCAGUCACUGGGUCCUGGUGGAGCCUGACGUCUCCACAGAGAAGAGCAUCUCAACCUACAGCCUGAGCUCUGCUGCAGGGAGCUAUGAGUGCUCAGAGUCCAGGCUGCGUUUGUCGUGUGGUGGUCCAGUCACCCUGCAGUAUCGCUUCAUGGACUGGUACGUGUUCGCUGAUGAGCUAGCAAACAUGCAAUGCAGUCCAGCGGGUCCUCUGAUGGACAUCAAGCUCAUGUUAGGAGAGGUGAAGGAUAUCCACCUGCCUCAUUUCCUGUGUUUAGGAGGGUGUCAGUCUGCUCUGAAAAAUGUGGUGAAGGUUCUGCAUCAGCAGGGUGGUGGAGUGUAUCUGGAGACAUGUGAGCUGAGUCGCUCCCAUACCAGGCUGGUGAACCCCUCCUUCUCUAUUUUUGGUAACGUUUUUUCUGACAUCACUUCCUGGCUAUUUGGCAACUUGGCGGUGCAUGCCAAGGUGCUUGUGUACCGUCAGAGCAGCAUUUCUCACCAGGAGUUCCGCUGCUACCUGUUGCCUGAGGAUCCCCAUCUGAAAGACAAGGUGAAGGAAGAAGAGAAGGAGUUUGGGGGUGAUCGACAGCCUUGUCCGCACCCAAAGAAUUCUCUUUGGAUCAAUAAAUUCUACAGCCUGUGUGCAGAUCAGUCUACUGAUUGCAUCCAUACAAUCAACCCAAAUGAGCUGAAGCUGAGGUACUGUAGGGACCUCCCCGAACUCUUCCAGGUGAAGCUUCCUGAACCAGCCCCUGCCUCCCUCCACCUGCAGCUAUUCAGCUCAGCCAGCAGGGGGCAGCAGGCCGUGUGGAGCGCAGAGUUCCAGACUGCCACAGUAGGCAGGCAGACCAGGAGCAGAGACCUGACAGAAGCGCAACAGGCAGUUGGGCAAGCAGAGAUCGAGGAGACAGUGCCCCCUCCUCAGGGCACCGCACAUGCCUCCAGCCGAGGUCUCGUCUCCACCCUCCCCCGUGGAGCUGAGCCUGCUGACACCCACACUGCUGUGGACCAGGCUAUGGACCGUCAAGACGUUCAGACACCAGAGUGCUCAAGCAGAGCCCUGAAGUCGAGCGCCAGGACACAGACUGUGGACCUCUUCAGUACGUUUGAUGAGUUGCGGUGUAAGGAGCUGAAGCUGUUCAAGGCAUAUCUGUCUGAGAAGAUCAUGGAGGGCUGUGAGCCCAUUCCCAGAGGACAGCUGAAGCUGUGUGAUGAGACAGAGCUGGCCUCUAAGAUGACAGAGAGAUAUGGGAAAGAAGGGGCUGUGAGAAUGACUCUGACCAUCUUGAGGAAAAUGGAGCUUAACAACCUUGCCAGCACACUAGAGUGUAAUAAACACAUUACCAAGGAUGCUUCCGGCCAAGGUCUUGUUUCUACCCCUCCCAGUGAACCGGACUCUGCUGACACCCACACUGCUGUGGACCAGGCUAUGGGCCGUCAAGACGUUCAGACACCAGAGUCCUCAAGCAGAGUCCUGAAGGACAACGUGGAUGUAGCAGACUUCCUCAAGAGGAAGAUGUCAGAUCUCAUCCAGAGAGUGACCAAUGUGAUGCAACUGGCAGAUGGGAUGCUGUCUGAAGACUUGAUCUCAGCAGAGCAGUACAGAGCGAUUGACGCAAAGCUCACAGACCAGGACAAGAUGAGAUGCAUCUUCGAUGCCCUGCGUUCCUGUGGUCCUACACAGAGGAAGAAGUUCUUCAGUAUCCUCCAGCAUCUGCACCCUUCCCUCCUGCAAGAGUUGGGCUGGCGUUGAGAAGACAUUCACUUCACUGAUCUGCUGAAAUAGUUAUUUCAAGUACAGGGUAUUGGUUACAGUCCCUGGAGCGGUGUAGGGUUAGGAGCCUUGCUCAAGGGCACCUCAGCCAUGGAGUGAGAUAGGGAGUGGACGGCUGAGAUUCAAACCUGCAACCCUCUGGUGUAAAACCCCAUCACCUUGACCACUAGGCCACAGCUGCCCCACUCAGUGCACUCACUUCAGUGAUCUGCUAUGAGAGUUGGGAUGGCAUUGAAAUGGUUGGGAAGAAAGGCUGUGAGCCAAAUACUUCCAGUGUUCCCAAAUUAGCGACUUUGUCACUAGAUUUAGCGACUUCUUGACGGCCCUAGCGACAAAAAACCUCAUCUAGCACCUUUAGUGACUUUUUGGUGCAUCUGACGACUUUUUAAAACGUGCAUUUUCAGUGACAAAUUCAUUGUUUUUCCACAUAAUUCUGACUCUGCGCCGCCGUCAGAAGCAUUUCCCAUGGUUAAGCAGGGCUGCAGAUUAGCUAUGAUCUCCAAAAAGUAUCUAGCACCGCCUAUUUCUACUGUGGACGAAGGCAUAUGGGCACGUUUUCUGUACAUCAGCGCAAUCUUCCAAGUUUCCAAUGUUCCAAAGAUUUCCUGUGUAAACCAAUUAUAGUGUGUACAGAUGCACUGUGAAUUACAAAGAUACACACAUAAUGUAGCGUUUAUGUACUGUACGUAUAUAUAUAUAUAUAUAUAUAUAUAUAUAUAUAUGUAUAUAUAUAUAUAUAUAUAGAAUGUUAGGAGUCCAAGUUGGUGUCAAUGGUUUGGAGUCUUGGAAAGGACAUUGAAAGAGGGACCACAAAUCAGUUCAAACUCAGAAAAAGUGAAGAAUGAUAAUAAAUACUUCUGACUGUAUCAUGUAAUUCCGAAUGCUUUCAAUAUGUUUUGUUUGAACUUCAGGAUUAUGGGAAGCAGAGCUCGCUUCCAUCGCCAUAGUGACUAUGAGCUGAUAUUUACUUGCUGUGCAGAGACAUUCAACAUUUGUAAAUAUAUAUAUAUUCUUUAAAUAAAAUGUGUUAAACAAAUGUGUUGUGAAGGAGUGCUUGUAAGUGUUUGGUAUGUU